UCUAAGUCGCAGAAUGAUGGGGACCGCCGGGCACAAAAGGCACUAUAAAAACGUGGAAAAUAAUAGGAUACCUCACUCGUGAGUAUAUUCAGCGUAAUGCGCGGAAGAGGCAAGCGACGAUACCGUUAAUCGUGGGUGUUGAUACAGCUACUCCCACGCCUGGUGUGGCAGAGAAUAAAAGAAGGGGUCAACAGAGACAAGCCCUGGAGUUGUGCGGAGUGUGGCUGGGUUUGGUGAUCUUCUUGGAGGACGCAUAUUACCGUAACACAGAACAGCACAGGAGCCAGCCCCAGGACCAGAGGGGAAGGUAGCAAAAGAGACCAGCAGCACGGCGGUGGCACAGAAGGAAUGACACCAGAGGGAAAAAGUCCCAGAGGGGCACCGGUAGCCCCUCCUGAUGGAGGCUGGGGAUGGAUGGUUGUGGCCGGCUGCUUCCUAGUCACCAUCUGCACCCGUGCCGUCACUAGAUGUGUGUCAAUCUUCUUUGUGGAGUUCCAGAUGCACUUUGGUCGGGACUACUCUGGCACGGCCUGGAUCCACUCGCUAGUCGACUGCACCACCUUCCUCUUUGCUCCUCUUGGCAGCUUCAUCGGGAACCGCCUGUCCACCCAAGCCACUGUGAUCAUGGGAGGCGUCCUGUCCUCUGCCGGCCUGAUCCUCAGCUCCUUUGCCACCAGUCUGGAGUACCUCUACCUCACCCUGGGCGUCCUCACAGGUACGCCCCUGUCUCUCAAUGUGGAUGUCAUCACAUUGUUUUUAGGACUUUGGCACAAGAGGGAGCUGUUGCAUUAUGGAUACUUGUGUUGACUCUAAUGACAGAACGCAACUGUAGCUGUCAUGACUCCAUCCCCAACUCUCUCCUCGUAGGGUUGGGAUUUGCCCUCAGCUACACUCCAGCGGUGGCCAUGGUUGGAUCCUAUUUCAACGAGAAGAAAGCACUGGCCUAUGGGAUGGCAAUGUCUGGGACUGGGAUUGGGACCUUCAUCCUGGCCCCUGCUGUGCAUCUCCUGAUUGAACAUUACUCCUGGAGGGGGGCCUUGCUGAUUCUGGGAGGGUUUGUGUCCAACCUGUGUGUCUGCGGGGCCCUUAUGAGGCCCCUGGUGCCUAAAGGUAGAGGACAGAGGUGGCACAAGACAGCAGAGCUUGAGAAUGGGUAUGCCAUCCCACCGGUGGAUGCCAAGCUAGCAGAAGGGAAGGUAAUGGACACAACACUUCCAGGCUUAAAGCCGUUGGACCCCAAUACAGAGGUUGUGAAUGUAACAGAUGUUAAGCUUGAAACUGAUAAACUUGCAGAAAUUAAACUCACUGAAAUGAAACUAGCAGAGGCACUCCUUGCGAAUGUACAACUAGCUGACUCGAGGCUGGCAGACAUGACAAUAGUAGAGGGCAUGGUUGUGAAUGUGAAUAGCGCGCUAACAGAGAAAAUGCUUGAAGAGAUCAAGCUAGCGGAUCAAAAUCUAGCCAACGGGAAGCUGAAGGACAUUAAACUAAUGGAGAACCUUGUCAUCGGUAGCCAGCUCGCUGAUGUUAAGCCUGUAGACACAAAGGUUGCUGAUGCAAAACUAGUGGAGUUAGUAGAUGCCAAGGUUCUGGCUGGCCUGGCUGCCCCUGGGCCAACUGGUCCUCUGGCAGGGCCUAAGCUGGGAGGGUGCCUCUGUCUUCAGUCAAUGGAGGAGUUUAGCUUCCUGCUGAUGCCUGACUUCAUGCUGCUGUCCGUGUCCUUCCUGUUCCUGGCAUACGGCUGCAGUGUGCCCUUUGCCUACCUGGUGCCUUAUGCCCUCAGUGUGGGCGUGGAGCACCAGCAGGCUGCCUUCCUCAUGUCCAUCCUGGGGGUCACCGGAAUCGUAGGAAACAUCACGUUCAGCUGGCUCACUGACAGGAAGUGUGUGAAGAAGUACCGGAAAGUGAGCUUCAUGUUUGCUGUGGGUAUGGAGGGUCUCUCCUGCCUCCUGAUUCCUCUGCUACGUUCAUUCACCCUGCUGGUGCCUUUUUCCAUGCUCUAUGGCUAUUUUGAUGGUGCCUACUCUGCCCUCAUACCAGUGGUGACGUCUGACUUGGUGGGCUCAUCGUACCUAUCCUCAGCCCUGGGUGUGGUCAACUUCUUACAUGCCAUACCCUACCUGGUUAGCCCACCAAUAGGAGGCUGGUUGGUGGACUGGACUGGUGACUAUACUGCAGCAUUCUUCCUCAGUGGAUUCUCUCUUAUCCUCAGCUCACUCUUUCUGGCUACUGUCAUGCUGAUCCAACGAUGCUGGGGACCACAAACAUUCUCCACCAGCGAUGCCGAUUCAACAUUCGCCUCCUUGAAGAAUGGCCAACGUACAAGGCAGCCCAUGAUGAACCAAAGCUAGCAGGGACCGUCCCUGCAUGUUGAGACAUUUUUGUAAGCAUUUUUUAUUGAGUGAGUGGAUGUUACUGUAAUACCAAAGUGUGUUGUUCCUUAAUGGAAACAAAACAAUAAUGUUCCAGGAACAACAAAAUGCAGUUAUUCCUCUCAACGUGAACUUGUGAAAAUCCUAUAACACCAUCACAAAUUCUGUGUUGAUUACCACCAAAAGAUACUCUAUUUGUUGUUGUUUUUUAAAAUAAAAGUUGAUUAAGAA